UCUUCGUCUGAAAGCUUCAGACAUUUCUGCUCGAACCAGUUCCAAUUUUCAUGAAAUUCGCAAGAUCCAUUAAGCGUCUCUUUACCACCUCUUCAGCCAACUCAAAAUUAGAGCGAAUAAGCAAGAAAAUAGUCUCCAUCAACUCCAUUAAAGAGCUCCAUGCGCAGCUUAUCAGAACCCAACUACACAAAGACCCAUUUUCGGUAUCUCAUGUUAUAAAAUCAUACGCUUUAUCUGAAUCUUCCUUUUAUUUGAACAAAGCACAUUUAGUUUUCAAUCAACUUGAAGAACGCACAUUGUUGGUUUUUAAUCAUAUGAUCCAUGGUUUCUCCCAAAGUGACCAACCAAAUAAAGCUUUAGAUAUGUACAAUAAUAUGUAUCAUCAAGGUUUGGCUGGUGAUAAUUUGACCUUUAUAUUUGUAUUCAAGGCUUGCGCUCGUGUUAAGGAUGUUUUUCUUGGUCAAAAGUUUCAUUCCCAUGCUAUGAAACUUGGGUUUGAAUCGUAUCUAUUUGUUUCAAAUGCAUUAAUUCACAUGUAUGCUUCAUACGGUAAUUUAAGUCAAGCACAUCAAGUGUUUGAUGGGAUGUGUAACAGGGAUUUGGUAUCGUGGAAUUCGUUAAUUUGUGGUUACAGUCAGUGCAAUAAGUUUGAAGAGGUAUUGGGUUUAUUUAAUUCAAUGCAAGAAGCUAAUGUAAAGGCUGAUGCAGUGACAAUGGUGAGAGUUAUUUUAGCUAGUAUUUAUUUGGGCAAUUGGGAUACUGCAGAUUCUAUGGUUAAGUAUAUUGAGGAAAACAAUAUAGAGACCAAUGUUUACUUGGGAAAUACUUUGAUAGACAUGUACGGACGGCGUGGUUGGGUGGUUUUGGCAUGGGAGACUUUUAAUCAAAUGCGAUAUAAAAAUGUAGUUUCUUGGAAUGCUAUGAUCAGGGGUUAUGUUAAAGCAAGGCUUUUAGUUGAUGCGCGGAAACUUUUUGAUGUGAUGCCGAAAAGGGAUGUGAUAUCUUGGACUUCUAUGAUCACAGGAUACUCGCAAGCUAACCAAUCUGCUGAGGCAGUGAAGCUUUUCAGGGAAAUGAUGUUAGCCAAAGUGAAGCCUGAUGAAAUCACAGUGGCAAGCGUUCUUUCUUCUUGUGCACAUUUGGGCUCACUGGAUGUGGGGGAGGCAAUUCAUGAAUAUAUACAGAGGCAUGCUAUAAAAUCAGAUAUUUAUGUGGGGAAUUCACUUAUUGAUAUGUAUUGCAAAUGUGGGGUGGUUGAGAAGGCAUUAGUGGUGUUUCAUGAAAUGAAAAAGAAGGAUUCUGUCUCAUGGACCUCACUUAUCUCAGGCCUUGCUGUGAAUGGUUUUGCUGAUUAUGCAAUUGAGCUUUUCACACAAAUGUUGAGAGAAGGUUUGCAACCAACUCAUGGAACUUUUGUUGGGGUAUUGCUAGCUUGCACUCAUGCUGGAUUGAUAGAUGAGGGAUUGAAAUUUUUUGGAAGUAUGAAAACAGUGUAUGGACUAACACCAGAAAUGAAACACUAUGGGUGUGUUGUGGACCUUUUGAGCCGCUCAGGCCAUCUAGGGAGAGCAUACGAGUUUAUGAAAACAAUGCCAAUAGAUCCAGAUGUUGUAGUAUGGAGAAUAUUGCUGAGUGCUUGUAAGCUUCACGGGAAUUUGGUCCUAGCUGAGAUUGCUACAAACAAACUUCUUGAAUUGGAUCCUUCUAACAGUGGGAACUAUAUUCUCUUGUCAAAUACUUAUGCAGGUUCAGAUAGAUGGGAUGAUGCUAGAAACAUUCGAGAGUUGAUGAAGGAUACUGGUGUGCUGAAGCCAUCUGGUUGGAGUUCCAUUGAAGUAAAUGGAAUCACAAUGUCAUAUUAAGGAACCGUGUCUAUCUUAACUGAAGAGGAGUUGUUUGAAAACUAUAACCGAUAAUUUAGUGAAUAGACAACAGUUUUGAAAGUACCAAAAUAAUCUUUAUCUUGGUCAACCUGAUCGGUAUUGAUCCACAGAUGGUUUGUUUAUGGUUUUGUUCCAAAAUUUCAGGAAGUUGGAUAUCAGAAGUCAUGUUAUUGAAGAGCAUUGCAGUUUUAUGUUGGAAUCCUUGAGAAGAAAAUUUUUGAUGGUGCUGCUCAUCCAGGUUGAAAGAAGGUUGAUUUUACAAUAUAUCAGAGCUCAAGUAUUGCGAUGAAUGAUCUUAAGAGUUUUAUGAGGGGAUAGUUCUAUUACUUGAAAAGCUGUGAUGAAAAGAGUCUAUUGCAAAUUCUUGAGGAUUUCUUGAACGGAGAGGGUAACAGACCAACAGCAAGGGACAACGUGCAAGGUCAUGGAAUGUUAGCAGUUCUUACGGAGGGGGCAGCCUAUUUGCCCAGAUGCUAAGAUGACAAUUUUGCACACGGAUGUGACCAAUAAAAAGGUCAGUAAUUGACGAAAUUCAAAGUUGUCCAUUCGAGGUAUUGUGCUUGUGGAGAAUAAUUUUCUUAAGGAGGUGGAGAAUAACAUUGCAACAAUUAUAGAGAUGCUUUUUACAUAAGUUGCAGUAAAGCUGUUCUAUAUCACCUUUCAGCAGCUGGGGUAAGAGGAAAUUUACCUUCCAGCAAAUUGAAGUGGAAUUUGUAACUGUGUAACAAGAAGAGCAAAAUAUAUACCCAGAGGAGGCAAAUGGUAAGAGUGAAUUUAAGAGUUUUGAUUCCAAGGAGCCAAGCAACCAUAUUCUCCUCUCCUCCAUCUCUACUUAAUCUUAACUGCAUCACCACUUAUCAAUCAUCACUUUGUCCAAUUUCAUUUUCACCCUCUUCUUUCUUAGCGGUUUGUACUCCCUCUUUUUCGUGAGUGGUUUGUACUGACCAACACUUAAUCAAGAACUAAAAGAAAAGAAAAAUGUAAAUGCUACCAUCCUUUUUCUGACUUUAUCUUAACUUAGACAUAAAUGGCGGCUCUGUUGAAGUUACGUGAUGAUGACAAUGAAGAUAUUUUACAUUUUGAUUGAGAAUUCUUCCUUCUCUUUGUUUAAAAGUUUGACAAUUUUCUUUUUUUCCUUUCCACUUCCACUGUCAUGAAGAACUCCCUAGCUAAGUGUAAUCUUUGUGCAAUUGGAUCAUCGUGUACAUUUUACUCUUCAAAUUAUUCAUACCAUUCUUUCUCAUCCUCUUUGAUCCUCCCUUCCGCCAUCAAUUAUGAUAUAAACUCAACGUAAACAUGUAUUCUCGCA